GAAAGAAACGGAAGAAAAUGGAUGGACUUAAACUCAGUAAUGAAGAGGAAUCUGAUGAGCCUAGCUUAGAUGCUGAAUUCAUAGAUGUGUAUAAAGGAACCCAUGGAGUUAUCCUUAUGUAUGACAUAACAAAACAAUGGACCUUUAAUUAUGUGGAGAAGGAAAUGGAGAAAAUCCCGGUUCACAUUCCUGUCCUAGUGCUGGGAAACCAUCGAGAUAUGGGGCAUCAUCGCACAGUGCUGGAAGAUAAGGCCCGCUAUUUCUGUAUGCAUUAUGAAAGGCCUAUGGGUUCAGCCAUUGUUAGAUAUGCUGAGUCGUCCAUGAGGAAUGGAUUUGGUCUCAAAUAUCUCCACAAAUUCUUCAAUCUUCCAUUUCUCACUCUACAGAGGGAAACUUUAAUGAAGCAGCUUGAAAUAAAUGCACUUGAUAUGGAGUCCACCUUAGAGGAACUGGAUAUCCACGAGGAAUCAGAGGAACAGAAUUACGAUGUAUUUAUUGACAGUGUGUGCAAUAAAAGAAGACAGCAACAGGAAGAGCUUGCCAAACCUGUGACAGAGGGAGCCACCCUACAACAGGAAGUGGUCCAGAGCUCCGAAAAAACUGACAACUCAAAUGUGCCAAAGUCCUUGUCCAUGCCUUCUCUCCAGAAGUCGACCAUUGCCCCAAGAGAAUCGGCUUCUGUUGGCAACACUCCAGUAGGGGCGGGGCAACCAAUACCAGCUGACACACCCACUCCAUCAGAACCAACCAAUCAACAGCAAGAACAAAAGUCAGGCUUCUUCUCAAGACUCUUCAAAAGUAAAGACUCUGCAGCCUCAAAGAAAACAGAAACAGAGGACUCCAGGGUCCCUGCCCCACCCACAGAGCCAGUGACGAGCGUGGAAGAUUUCAUCCCAGACGGAGGGGUCAUUGACAAAAGCUUCCUGGAGGACACGAAGGAAGUGAAGGAUUCUGGGAAAUCUGAGGCUACUGUAGACAGUGACAGUGAGGAGUCGACAGGAAAUCCCAUGGUGGCGGGCUUCCAGGAUGAGCUGGACUCAGAUGAUGAGUACACGAACAGCCAAUCAAAACAGGUGAUAGCUGAGGAUUUGGAUCUCUCCAGUGACGAGGAGAAACCAAGCAUUAUGUCUGCCCAGUCAGGGGAACAUUCUAGUGAUGAAGAUGAUAAAAGACCUGCUAUUAAAAGGAAUGAGGACAUUUCACAGAGUGAUGAAGAUACAACUCCACAGCAAGUCAGUGUUGCUCAGGACUACGAUUUAUCAAGUGAUGAAAAUGACAAUGAAAUCUCCAUCCAGACUAACAAACAUACUGACUUAGUGACAAAUAAACCAAGCCCCGACUCUCACGUACAAUCAGAUGUGUCUAGUGUUCCAAGUCUAGGCUUGGCUUCUGCAGAUGAAACAAACAAACAGUUGAGUAACACAGUGACUGUACAGGACACAGAGGAGACAUCUGAUGAAGUGAGGGAGUCGUCUCCCCCCAGUAAUGGGCGGGGCACUCCUGUGAAGGACCUCAGUGUCACAGACUCCGCCUCUGUAGAGGGCCCGGUUCACGUCUCGUCAGAUGAGGAGGGGGAGGCCCAGGUGGUCAUUCUGGCUGAUGAGGACGUCAGUGAGGAGGAGCUAGGGGUCACCACGACGACAGACCAGGCCGGACUCUCUGAUUGGCUGGAUCAGCUCGAGAGUAAAGCUGGCAUUAACGAUGAUGAUCUGUCAUCUAGUCCUGAACCUCAGAUUAUUUCUAGUCAUUCCAAGCCAAAAAAAGUUUCCAGUAAGUCAAAGGUCAAGAUCAGUGAGGUGGAGGAUCCAGGAGAGGUGAAGAAGAAGAAAAAGAAGAAGAAAGAGAAGGAUGAGACAGGAAUGAAAAAGAAAAAGUCUUCCCAAGAGAAGGAGAGUGGUAAAAAAGAUAAAACUUCAGAGAAAGGAGCGGGGGAUUCAAAAAAGGACAAGAAGAAGAAAAAAAAGAAAGCAGUGACAGAGGAAGAGGAAAGUCGAGAUGCGCUGGAGGCAUUCCUUAAUGAUGCCGGGGGCUACGAGUCUUUAUAGGCAUUGCUGUUGGUUUAAUUACAUGUAUACAUGCCUAUAGACACUGUGCAAGAUUCUGAUAGAAAACCUGACCUGGCUUACGUCUCACUUUUAGUUCCUGUUAUUUGUAUGUGAUCUGACACAUAUCAGAAUACUGUAUACAGGGUUAUUUUCGCCCUUUUGCACUUGCAAACAAUUUUGCCCCGUUUUAAAUUCGCCCAGUCAUAAUUCUAUUGAAGAAAGUAUGCUAUGUAAUUUAAAUUCACACCGAUUUAAAGACGCCAAAUCAGGAAGAGGGUGUAAGAGGCGAAAAUAAAAUGGGGGCGAAAAUUUCCCUGUUUACAGUUCCCUAUUUAGCCUAACAGUAUUGAAUUAUAUUGUUUAAAACACAGUCUAAAAAGGCAUUUAAUUUAAAAGUCUGCUUUAGUGAUGAUUUUGUGUUCCACUUUUUAAUUAGUGUUGUGAGCAUGAGAGAGGUUUAAAUUCAUUACUUGACUGAAACUGCUCACUGUAAAAAAUAUAGAAUAUUUCAUAGGUGAGUUAUACCAAGCCGCCUGCAGUUUACUUUGAGAUUUAUACAUGAUUGUUUGGAGAAAUCAGAAAAAAGC